AUGGAGAUAACACUGAACAGUGGCUUCAACAUGCCAAUAAUUGGACUUGGAGUUUGGCGAAUGAAUAAACAAGAAAUCAAAGAUCUCGUUAUCAAAUCAAUCCAAAUCGGUUAUCGUCAUUUUGAUUGUGCUGCUGACUACAAGAACGAAACUGAAGUUGGAGUAGCUCUUAAAGAAGCUGUUGACGCUGGACUUGUGAAGAGGGAGGACCUUUUCAUUACUACUAAGCUAUGGAACUCUGACCAUGGACACGUUGUUGAAGCUUGUAAAGAUAGUCUUAAGAAGCUUCAGUUAGAUUAUCUGGAUCUAUAUCUUGUUCACUUUCCCGUAGCCACAAAGCACACUGGGGUUGGUACUACGCGUAGUGCUUUGGAUAAAGAUGGUGUUCUGGACAUAGAUACAACCAUAUCCUUAGAAACUACAUGGCAUGCAAUGGAAGGUCUUGUUUCAUCGGGCCUGGUUCGCAGCAUAGGGAUCAGCAACUAUGACAUCUUUCUGACUAGAGAUUGUCUAGCAUACUCCAAGAUAAAGCCUGCUGUGAAUCAAAUCGAAACGCAUCCAUACUUCCAGCGUGACUCUCUCGUCAAAUUUUGUCAAAAACAUGAAAUUUGUGUAACCGCUCACACUCCACUGGGAGGUGCUGCAGCUAACACAGAACGGUUUGGCACAGUUUCGUGUUUAGAUGACCAAGCUCUCAAAAAUCUGGCUGAAAAACACAAAAAGACUGUUGCCCAGAUUGUUCUUCGCUGGGGGAUUCAAAGGAACAUUGUUGUCAUUCCUAAAACAUCGAAAAUAGAGAGAUUGAAAGAGAACUUUCAGGUAUUUGAUUUUGUGCUCUCUGAAGAGGACGAGAAUCUCAUCAGGAAUAUGGAGAAGAAAUAUCGAACUAAUCAACCGGCCAAGGCUUGGGGCCUAGAUCCCUAUGCUUGA